CCGCCCCCCGCAGCUACUCCUCGCCGGUUCCUCAGUCAGCUCGGCAGCCGCGCUUUCCCGCUCGUGCAGCCGCUACUAGUGUCACCGUUGCCUUCGUCUCGGUCUCGCACCCGUCGAGUCUCAAGAUGACCAACAUUGUGCUCUUCAGCGGCAGCUCCCACCAGGACCUGUCCCAGCGUGUGGCCGACCGGCUCGGCCUGGAGCUGGGCAAGGUGAUGACCAAGAAGUUCAGCAACCAGGAGACCAGCGUGGAGAUUGGUGAAAGCGUGAGAGGGGAAGAUGUCUACAUCAUCCAGAGUGGCUGUGGAGAGAUCAACGAUAACCUGAUGGAGCUGCUCAUCAUGAUCAAUGCCUGCAAGAUCGCGUCAUCCUCCAGGGUGACCGCUGUGAUCCCCUGCUUUCCAUAUGCGCGCCAAGAUAAAAAGGACAAGAGUCGCGCUCCGAUUUCUGCGAAACUUGUGGCCAAUAUGCUCUCAGUUGCCGGGGCAGAUCACAUCAUCACCAUGGACCUGCAUGCCUCCCAGAUCCAGGGAUUCUUUGACAUCCCCGUGGAUAAUUUGUACGCGGAGCCCGCGGUCCUGCAGUGGAUUCGGGAGAACAUCUCGGAUUGGAGGAACUGUAUCAUUGUUUCCCCAGAUGCGGGUGGAGCCAAAAGGGUCACGUCCAUUGCGGACAGGUUGAACGUGGACUUUGCGCUGAUUCACAAAGAGAGGAAGAAGGCGAACGAGGUGGACGGCAUGGUCCUGGUGGGCGACGUGAAGGACCGUGUGGCUAUCCUCGUGGAUGACAUGGCCGACACUUGUGGCACAAUCUGCCACGCUGCAGACAAGUUGGUCUUGGCCGGAGCUACCAAAGUUUAUGCCAUCCUUACCCAUGGGAUCUUCUCUGGACCAGCUAUUUCCAGAAUCAACAGUGCCUCCUUUGAGGCUGUUGUUGUCACAAACACCAUUCCGCAGGAGGACAAAAUGAUUCAUUGCCCCAAGAUCCAGGUCAUUGACAUCUCGAUGAUCUUGGCCGAGGCGAUCCGCCGGACCCACAACGGUGAAUCUGUGUCUUACCUGUUCAGCCAUGUCCCACUGUAAAUCCAGGAUGGGGGCAUGGAGCAAGCCUGCUGAUUUCUGACGAGUUUGUUUUCAUCUGAUUUGUUAGCUUCAGGGCUCAGCAGUUAGAACACAAAAGCCAGAUCUUUGUAUCCACCAAAACCCGUUGUGUCCCCCUUCUAUAGUUCAAAGACCAUUUACUUCCAGUUUGGGGCGAGGGCAGUGGUUAUUUGAUCUGCUAACUGUCAUAAAUCAAAAGCAUUUUUGUCAUCUUGACUUGCUCUGAUAGGUGACUUUUCCCUUUGUCCUGUCUGUUUUGAGGCCACAACUUCCACGUAUGUAAUUGCAUUGUGGAGGUUCAUAACUUAUAUAUUUCAGGGUUGCCCAAGGUGACUUUAGGAUAAAGACUUCUAUGUACAUAUAAAAUGAUAAUGCCUGUGGACAUUUGAGUAAAACCCUGUAUAGAAUGAGCCCUUCUAAGAAAACCUUAGAAAAUAUAUCAUACCAUGAUUUUUUUUUUUAGUAGCCAGGUUUCAAAUAAACCAUUUUAGUUAUUGUGUUUGAUUUGGACCAAAGUUUUUAUACUUGAAGAUGGCCACUGAUACAUUUUUGAGUAAAUAUUAUACCUAUCAGAGGCCAUUUAGCUCCAAAUUGUUUUUAUUACCACUUAUGGAACACGUGUUACGGCAGUCACCUGCGUGAAAUGUCGUGUUCUCAAAUCCCACAAUGAGUUCAGUGAUAGAUUUGUGUUGGAGCCUGUUUUGAGAAAGUCUCUACACUGUCCCACUCCUGUUCGCCUUUGUCCGUCCCAGAUGGACAGUUCUUUGGGCGCCAUUUGUCCUGUCAUCUUGUUGAGGUCACGUUCUCAGCUCUCACUUUGACUUAGCCUUUUUCCAAUAAUUUCAUGCUUUUGAUUUCCACCCAAACAAAAGCUCCUAAGUCCCCUCAGAUUGACUGAUCAUCAUUUGGCUUUUCACGGAAAUAGAAGGGUGGACUUUUGGGAUUUACACUAAAUGCAUAUUUAAGCAUCGUUAGUUUUGAUUUUUCAUGUUCAUCAGCUUUUUGUAAUGAGAAGUAGCAAGACUAAGCAACUGAUUAUUGGAACCAAAGCCACUACGUGAAAAAUUUUUCACGUAGGUCUCCAAGAAAAGUACAGAUAAGUAAACAUUAGUUUCCCCCAUUAAAAAAAUUCAAAUAGGGGCCCGAGAGUGAUUGUGGGGGGAAGAUUGCUUCCUCCCUGAGGUGGCCCCUAUGUCAGGUGCCUCCCUGAUGCCCUUCCUCCUUGUGAGUUUUACUACAUGCACAUUGGUGUGCACCCAGCUGAAUACUUUGUCACCUGAAGAAGAUAAUUCACCUGCACAAAAUAAUAAGCAACAGUCUCUCCCUCCUGCUGAAUCUUAAAACUUGGAGAGAAUAAAUUCUUUAAAAUCUGCAGGUGGAAAAGGAAAACUACUGAACUCAUUAACAAAUUUAUUAGAAACCUCCACCAAUAGGUCAUUAGGGUUUCCAACUUCAGUGCAGCAGAGGUGGAAUCGAAGUUAAAAAGUGUCAUUUUUGUCACCACAGACACGAGCAUUUUGAGGUACAGUUUUUGACAUAAAAUGGUAUAGCCUGGUACAGCCAGCUAUGCGAUACAGAGUGACAAUGUCUAGAAAGAGUUGACUUGAGAUAGAGUAAAGAGUUUAUUUAGAUGCUAGGUAAUUUUAAUUUUUUGAUAAACGCGUGAUAGCUGUAUUUCUUAGAAUUUCUAUGCCUAGAGAAAUGAAAAUGUAGUUAUGGAUUUGCAGAAGUAGACAGUGUGGCAUACGAGUGUGGGCCUGUUGACAUGAUAUGACUAAACCCAGUUGCUUUCAAGGCAAUCAUUUCAUCUAACAUUUAAAAUUGGUAGUAAAAUAGGGAGUUAAUUUUACAAUAAGACCCAAAGGGGGGGAAAUGAUACAAAAUCUAUUGUAAUAUCCUAAAUUAAGACCUGAUUGUUUCUUACAUUAUUUAGUACCCAGUGUGUUUUUGAAAGUACUUCUAAUACAUUAACUAACUAAUUAGACUGGACUCAGCCAUAUACAGUGGCAAUGUGGGCCUGAGCUAUUUGGUUUCUGUUCAGCGAGGAUGAGGAAGGUAGCCUACGAGCAGCUUCCUUCCACAACUCCCAGAACUCAGACUUUUCCUGAUCCUGGGGUGAAAACAUGUCCAUGGAACCACCAGACACAUUGGUCCUGUCAGCUCUGCUGGAUGGAAGCUGACUUGCUGGGUAUCUAGCUGAAAAGGGGAGCCAGAGAAAAGGGAACAUAACCAAAAUCACUCAGCCCUCCAAGUUACAUUAAUCAACUUACAGAUAUUCAUAGGGUAACUGUGUUUUGUUAGAUGUCAACUAGAUUCGGGAAUAUGUCAUUUGCAGUGCUUGUAUUAUUGGUUUACUAUAACAUUUUCAGAUCUUUCAACACUGUACUAAAACAUUUCAAUAAAGUCCUGCUACUUUCA